GGAGUGACGUCACCGUCCGUCCGCCCUCGCGGUGCCUCCGCUAUGGGGAAGAGCCGGUCGCGGGCGGCCAAGGCGGCAAACGUGUUCCGCAUCGCUCGUAGCGCCGCCGCCGCCAAGGCCAAGGGCAAAGGCAAGGGCAGGGCGCGGCCCGUCACCUCCGGGCUGAAGCAGAUAAACAUUAAGAAUGCUGAGAAAGUUAACACAAUAAAUAAAGCAUUUGCGGAAGUCCAGAAAGAAAUACAGCAGAUACCAAAAGGCACAGCAGCAGAACCUGAGAAGAGUCAUCAGGUUUCUGCAAUUGUGGAAAAGGAACCAGUAAACGUGGAUGCUGCCACAAGCUUAUUAUCUCAGUUGUGAUGCAUAAUGAACAAAGAAGAGAUUGCAAGAAAUGAAGAUAAGAAAUACCAACAGGCUUUGUUUGUACAAUUUUAUUAAAAAAUCUUGUUAAUAUACAA